AGGUAAAUUGAAUCUAUCUUUGCUGUACAAAUUUUGACGGAGGAUAAUUACCCUUUUUCAAAGGUUAAGUUUUCAGAGCCUAUAUAUAUCACGAUUGUGGCCAGAGUAUUUCACAUUCUCACAUUAUGGAAGGAACAUCUCGAACUUUUCCUUACACCAUAAAAUUCGUUGGUCUACUUGGUAGUCAUUCUCUUGGUAGAAAUCCAAAGUUCAUGGCUACGGCGGUGGAUUUAGGAAGGGAAUUGGUAAGGCGAAAAAUUAGACUUACCUAUGGAGGAGGCAACGUUGGCCUUCAAGGAGCUGUUGCUUCAACAGUCUAUACCAAUGGUGGUAUAGUUAGAGGCUUCAUACCAGGGGGCAUCCCCAAGACCCACAAGAAAAAGAAGGGUAAGACCCUCCGACCAGCAACUUCCCGAAACUCUACCUUCGAAAGGCUUGAGGAUAGGGAAGAGGGUCAAAGAAAGUCGGCCAAGUUGAGAGUGGGGCAGAGCGUCGCCCAUGUCAGUGCAUUCGCCCGAUUAGGCGAAGGGAGGGAGGCUGAGCCUGCCCGUACCCAGCGCUCCCGGUCGAACCAGCAAGAGCCUGCAAGAACAAGGGCUUCACGCCACGAAGAAGAAGCAGAAAGCCAACCUUGUGGGCCGGUGGCUAACUGGAUAACCAUCUCGAAUGAUCGUGUCCAGCAGAUGGAGGUGAAAUUGGAGAAGCUGGAGAAAAAAGUCGGGGAGAAGAAUGACCAGGACAAACCCCUCGCCGGGUCCCCGUUCACCACAAGAGUCCAUCUGACACCUUUCCCGCGAAAGCGACUUGGCCUCGAGAUUCAAGGCCAAAUUCGAGGUAACUGUACUAAGAGGAAGAAGUUCACAUAUCUCAGUACAGCCAGGCAGAGGGAAUCUGAGAAUCUCACUCAAUUCCUCACCCGGUGGAAGGAAGAGGUGGACAAGGUGGAAGAGAUGGAUGACAACACGAUCUUGUCUCUCCUCUUGAACGGCUUACGGGCCGGGGAACUAUACAAGGAGUUCUACCUGAAACCCCCGGCCACGUAUCAAGAAGCUUACCACACGGCAUGGGAAUUCGCGGAGGCUGAAACCCAACUCCGGGAAAAGAAAGAGGUUGAACAUGGAUUCAAGCCCAAGCCGGUGCAGAUCAAGAAGGAAGAAGCACCGAGAUCUAGCCGCCCAAGGCACCACUAUGACCCGGUCGUUCGCGUGGUCAACACAAAGGAGUGCCAGGAGAUAAGGCAAGCAUCGGUCAAUACUCCGGAAAAUCCUACUGGUCAACCGGGACGACAAUGCGGAGAACUGGGCAAAGACUAUUUGCAAAAAGCCCAGAAGAAGAGCCACCAAUGGAUCAGGCGAGCAGCCCAGGGGAAUGACCGAGACAAUGACUGGCGGAGGGACAACCGGCAAAGGGAGUCGCAGCCUACUCCUGAUAAGGAACACAUUGGAAUGAUCUUUGGCGGACCUGAAGGUGGAGAUUCAGCCGCGCAACGGAAGAACUGGGUCCGCAGCAUUUACGUCGAAGAAGUAACUGCUGACCAAGCCAGACGAAAGCAAGCAAGGAGGGAAUCGAUUGUCUUCACCGAUAGGGACCUUCCGGCUACCGGUGAAGAUCAUAAUGACCCUUUGGUUAUCACCAUGGACAUUAACGGGGUGGAUGUCGCCCGGGUACUAGUUGACACCGGCAGCAGUGUCAACAUUCUGGACACCCCUGACUUAGCCUCACUUGACAGGAUCACCCCUGCACUCCGGUUGUCAUACCGAAACAGUAAUGAGCCAGGAACAAGUGGACUAGCAAAACCGGGUAGUAGCCGUAACCUGACUACUAUGGAGGUCAGGCUUUCGUGCGCCUACGACAGUGGGCCCAUUCAGGAACAUUUGGGAUCCAACGGGUUUUCAUCAGUCGGCCCGACUAGGAUCAACUCUGUUGUUGAAGAAGAGCCAAAUUCGACAGACAAGCACUUCUUCAAAAUGUUGAAAGCUGCUGAUACAGAUCUUUGGCCGGGGAGUUCUAAGACAUCUCAGUUGUCUGCAGUUGCGCGCUUGUUGAAUAUUAAGUCAGAGCAUAAUCUAUCUGAGCGUUGUUACGACACCAUAUGUCAAAACAUCAAAGACAUUCUCCCGGAGGACAACUCAAUGGCUAAGAAAAAAGGGGGGCAUGUGUCGUUGGAUGAGGUUAUCAUCCACACAAAGACAAAGAAGCACGACGGCAAGACUUGGGUGGAUCCUGAACAUGCUGAGCUACAGGAGGCUACACAGAAUGGGCUGCAAGUCACCGACGAAGAAAUAUGGUGCUCGCUAGUUGAGGGCCAUAACGCGAAGAACCGCGUUCCUAGAGUUGGUGACUACGAGCGGGAAAUGAGGAAGAUGAAUCCGUCCUCCAAACCUCUCCGUUCCAGCACGAGUAGUAGAAGUACAGCGGAGAUAUCAGCACUCAAAGAGCAAAACCAAAGGUUGCAGGAACAAAUUGAUAGUCUAACCUCGAACUUGUCAAUGACGAUUCAAGAGGAGCUAAGGAAGCUAUAUGGUGGUAACCUUCCUCGACGAGGUGUUACAGACCUACAGGUCAACAAGCCCACUGAGCAAUGGUGGGAGAUGGCGGUAGAUGGGGCUUCUGGUCCUAAAGGGUACGGGGGUGGUAUAGUGUUUACCACCCCACAAGGAUUCAAGAUCUACCAUUCACUUGUCUUCAACUUCAAAUUAACGAAUAACGAGGCGGAAUAUGAAGCUCUAGCUGGAGGACUCAGACUCGCUCAAGCUCUCAAAAUCAGCCGGGUCAGUAUCAAAUCUCACUCUAGCCUGAUUGUUGGGCAGGUGACCGGUAAUAUGGAAGCAAGGGAAAGACAAAUGGCGCAAUACAAGGACCUGGUGUUUGCCUUGUUGAAAGGCUUCGAGGAAUUCAAUAUCGCCCAGAGCAUGUUUCAAAACUUGCCCGGGUAGAAAUCCUUGAUCGAGCCAGCAUCGAGAAACUAGAAGUGGCCACUAUAGCAGCAGUCGGCCACUUUGACCGGUCAAACACGGUCGGGGCAGACGACCAUUGGAUGAGCGGCCUUAUGAAAUAUUUGACAGAUGGAAGCUUGCCAGAACAAGAUGAGCGGGCAAGAAAAGUAAAACUCAGGG